GUUGUGAUGACCUGCAACAUACUCAUGGCGGACUGGAGGAGCUGAGGCGACCACCCCACCCCCACAUUGGUGGGCUGAUACACUCCGGCAUCGAGCUGGGCCAGAUGAUUACCUGUACGUCCCUUCACUGCCAUUUGCUAAUGGUUUCCUCCAACCAUACAGUUUGACUUAGUGAUUCCUCUUUUGACUGGGAACAAUGGUGAAGUAUUUCCUUGGAGUAAGUGUACUGAAGAACUCUUGGGACCAAGUCUCUGCUGCUUUUUGGCAGCGUUAUCCAAAUCCAUACAGCAAACAUGUUUUGUCUGAAGACAUUCUGUACCGUGAGGUGACCUCUGACCAUAAACUGUUAACCAGGAAACUUUUGACCAAGACAAAUCGGCUCCCACGGUGGGCAGAACGCUUUUUUCCUGCUAAUGUGGCCCAUGCUGUUUAUAUCUUAGAAGAUUCUAUUGUGGAUCCUAUUAACAGAACUCUGACUUCAUUUACAUGGAAUAUAAACCACACCACAAUGAUGACCGUGGAGGAGCGUUGUCUAUACUGUGAAAAUACUGAGAACGCUGGCUGGACUCAAAUUAGACGAGAAGCAUGGGUGUCAUCAAAGAUGUUUGGCUUUACCAGACCAAUUCAGGAGUUUGGAUUAGCUCGAUUUAAAAGUAAUGUGACCAAGGCAAUGAAGGGCUUUGACUUUAUCUUGGCCAGAAUGCAAGGUGAGGCACCUGCUAGAACUCUGGUGGAAACUGCAAAAGAAGCAACAGAAAAAGCAAAAGAGACUGCGCUGGCCGCAAAAGAAAAAGCAAAAGACUUGGCUAGUAAGGCAGCUACGUCAAAGAAGCAGCAGUACGUCUGAUGGUGUGAAAUCCUCAUCUUUUAAGCUUGGCCCACAUCAUUUCAGAUGCGUGAAAUUGGUAACGGUGCUGGGUUCAUCUGUCACCUGAACCAAAGUCUGAUCUAUAUAGAGAUGUACAUCUAUUUUUCAAUCAGCAGCUUUGAUAGAUCAUUAACAGUAUGAAAACUUGAAUGUGUACAGGGAAGAAUCAAAUCUUACUUUUCUAAUCUUUAAUUUAUGAUUAAAGAAUAAUCUGGUAAAAAAAAAAAGGUGAAUAAAAUGUCUACUGGUCUAUAUUAUUUGUGAUAAAUAAAUAAAUCAUUUGGUGCAAGAGACAA